AUGGCGUCCGAAUGCCCAGAGUCUCCUGGAGUAGUUGGGCAGGGUUUGCUGGACUGGCAGUAUGAGGAGUGUAAGCUGUCCCGGGCGGGGCCCCCGGCAACCAUCGUCACCAUCGACGAGGAGAGUCCCAACGGCACGGUGCUCGUGGAGAACAUGCAGAUUAACGGGCGUGCCGAAGACCCGGACAGAACCAUCUCUCUGACCCUACUGGACAACUACGACCACUGGGUCAUCCUGGACUCGGCCCGGCAGCGUCUCUUCCUCAACAGCACCGGCCGCGUUCUGGACCGCGACCCUCCGUCCUCCAUCACGACCAUCGUAGUUCAGGUGCAGUGCACUAACGAGCUGGUUGGCACGGUGAUUCUGCAUGAGGUGAGGAUCGUGGUGAGGGACCGCAACGACAACACGCCGAGCUUCAGACAGCCCCGCUACUACGUGGCCGUCAACGAGCUCACCCCGGUCGGGACGACCAUCUUCACCGGCUUUGCCAUGAGCAACGGCGCCUCGGACAUUGAUGACGGGCCCAACGGGCAGAUUGAAUACGGCAUCCAAUACAACCCAGAUGAUCCGGUGUCCAACCGGACGGUGCGUGUGGCGAGCACUCUCACAGGGAACUUGGUCCUGGCGGAGCGGCUGAACUACGAGGAAAGGACACGCUACUUGAUCAUCAUCCAGGCCAAUGACCGGGCGCCGUAUCCAGGGAGCCGACGCACAGCGACCACCACUCUGACCCUGGACGUGCUGGACGGAGACGACAUGGGGCCCAUGUUCCUGCCCUGUGUGCUGGUCAACAACACGCGAGACUGCAGCCCGAUCACCUACCGCGUGGCCAUCCCAGAGCUCACCGACCCGGGUGCGCUGAACCCUCUGGAGGUGGUGCCCUCCAUCAGGGCCGUGGACCAGGACCGCAACAUCCAGCCCCCCUCCGACCGGCCCGGCAUACUCUACUACAUCCUGGUCGGGCACCCGUCGGCCUACGGGGAAUACUUCUCUCUGAACAGCACUACAGCAGAGCUGCUCCUGCUCAAGCCUGUCAGCAGAGACCUCUUUCACACCUUCACGCUCGUCAUCAAGGCUGAACAGGACAACGGGCACCCGCUGCCGGCCUUUGCCGACCUGAUCAUCGAGAUCCUGGACGAGAACAAUCAGGCGCCCUACUUCCUGCAGGCCUCGUACCAGGGCUACAUCAGCGAGGCGUCCGCCGUGGGCACCACCAUCUCUGCCAGCGGCAACCUCACCGCCCCGCUGGGCAUCGUCGCCCUCGACAACGACAUCGAAGAGACGAAAGACCCACAGCUCCUGAUUCAGUUGGGAGACUUCACAUCCAUCUUCACCAUCACCCCCACAGGCAUCACACGCUACCUAACCCUCCUCAAGCCCGUGGACCGCGAGAGGCAGAUGACCUACACCUUCACGCUGAUGGCGUCUGACGGUGUACAGCAGAGCAUGCCUGUGACGGUCAACAUCCUGGUCAUCGACGCCAACGACAACACACCCACUUUCUCCCAGGUGUCCUACAGCGUGGAGGUGUUCACUGAUAUGCAGCAGGGAGAGACUGUACUACAGCUGAAUGCCCUGGAUGCUGAUGAGGGUCUGAACGGCAUGGUGACGUACUCCAUCUUGGCGGGCGACCAGGGGGACUUUAUCAUCAAUAACCGCACGGGACGCAUUACCAUAGCGCCGGCAGUCACGCUGAUGGUUGGCCGCUCCUACGCCCUGACGGUCAAAGCGGCCGACAACGCCCCUGAAGCUGAGAGGAGGCACGGCACGCCGGCCAGCUUGGUGCGCUACCGCGUGGACCAGGAGGAGUCCCCCUACAGCGGCAGCAUCUUCGAUGUGGAGGAGGACACCGGCAGGGUCAUCACCAAGGUCAACCUCAACGAGGAGCCCAGCACCACUUUCAAACUGGUGGUGAUUGCGUUUGAUGACGGUGAGCCGGUGAAGAUGAACAGCACACUGGUGGAGAUCACAGUGCUGCAGCCCUCCCGCAUCCCCAUCUUCACCCAGGAGGAGUACAGGUUCCCCCCGGUCAGUGAGAAUGCCCCGGUGCGUACAGCUGUGGGCCUCAUCCUGGCCGCAGCCAUCAACACCACCAUCUUCUACUCCAUCGUAGGGGGCAAUGAGCAAGGGAAGUUUGUGGUGAAUAACCGCACAGGGAUGAUCUACACUGCCAAGCCGCUGGACUACGAGACGGUCAACACCUACGAGCUGCGCGUGCAGGCCGACUCGCUGACCAUCGUGCUGGCCAACCUGCGCGUGCCCUCCAAAUCAAACACAGCGAAGGUGUUCAUCGACGUCCAGGAUGAGAAUGACCACCCCCCUGUGUUCACCAGGAAGCUCUAUAUUGGGGGCGUGACUGAGGACACCAAGACCUUCACCACUGUCCUCAAAGUUGUGGCCAACGACAAGGAUACGGGGAACUACAGCAAGAUGGCGUACCGUCUCAUCAUCCCCCCCACGGCGGAGGGGCAGGACAGCUUUGUGAUCGAGCAGUACACCGGCAUCAUCAAGUCCGCCAUCAUGUACCGCAACAUGCGCCGCUCAUACUUCAAGUUCAAGGUCAUCGCCACCGACGACUACGGGAAGGGCCUGAGUGGCAAUGCAGACGUGGUGGUCUCUGUAGUAAAUGCCCUGGACAUGCAGGUGGUGGUAUCCAACGUCCCUCCCACCGUGGUCGAGGAGAACAAAGAGCAGCUGAUCAGUAUUCUAGAGCGCUACGUACAGGAUCAGAUCCCCGGGGCCAAAGUGAUAGUGGAAUCCAUCGGACCUCGUCGGCACGGCGAUGGCUUGGAGGACUAUACCAAAUCUGACUUGGAUAUCUACGCCAUCGACCCACUCACCAACCGGGCCAUCACCCGCCAAGAGCUCUUCAAGUUCCUGGACGGGAAGCUGCUGGACAUCAACAAGGAGUUCCAGCCGUACCUGGGCCAGGGCGGCCGCAUCCUGGAGAUCCGCUCGCCGGACAUCGUGGCCAGCGUGAAGAAGGCGGCGCAGGCGGUGGGCUACACGGAGGGGGCACUGCUCGCCCUCGCCAUCAUCAUCAUCCUCUGCUGCAUCCCUGCCAUCCUCAUCGUCAUGGUUACCUACAAACAAUUCAAAGAGAGACAGGCGGAGUGUGCCAAGACUGCCCGCAUCCAGGCGGCACUGCCACCCAAGACCAAGUCCGCCGCCCCGCCUCCACCCACCGCCACCACCAACCUCUACGAGGAGCUCGGAGACGGUGGCAUGCCCAGGAAGUCGGUCAUCGAGGAGGUUGACCGCCAGCGUCUCAUCAGCUCGGCGGCUGCCCGGGCCAUCGCCGCCCACAAGCAGAGCGCGGCCAACGGCGGCCUCCACUGCACGCUGCCGCGCUCCGAGAGCACCAUCACGCUCCUGUCCGACCACCACCCGCUGACCACUCCUAACCCGCUCUACCAGGAGGGUGCGCGCUCCGCCCAGGGAAGCCCUGACCACCGCCCGCCCUCGUCCCCGCAGUCGCCGCAGUCCCCCCAGUCGCCGUCGUCCGGCAGCCAGCGCUUCUCCUGGGCCCGCUCGGCCACCUGGGAGUCGGAGGACGAGGACGCGGACGCGGACGAGGAGCGGUCAGUGUUCCGCGGCAGCCGCGAGGAGCUGGACGUGGAGCUGGAGCUGCUGAGUGGCCGCAGCUCGGUCACCAAGCUGUCGCGGCACUUCGAGCAGCAGGCGUCGCUGGCGGAGCUGGGCCGGAGCCGGGACUCGCGCGGCGCCUCGCUGGACCUGGACGAGCUGCUGCUGUUCACCGGUGGCGCGGCGGCGGCGCCCCACAGCCCGGCGUGGUCCGUGGGCAAGGACGUGCUGCCGUGCAUCAUCGUGACGGGCGAGCGCGGCGAGGAUGGCAUGUCACAGCCCGUGCCAAUCCCCCGUGCCACCCCGCCCGUCCUGCGCAAGUUCAGCUCCAGCAUCUCCAGCUACGUGACGGUGGAGCCGUGCGAGGUGCUGGUGGAGAUCAUCCCGGACCCCCCCGACCAGCCCGCCCCGCCCCCCCCUCCUCCUCCGCCUGCUCCUCCUCCCUCCACGCCUCCCCCCGUCUCGCCCACCUCCCCCCCGCACAGCCCCCCGACCUCCCCCUUCCACGGGGUGACCCUGCGCCCCAUCUCACAGCGGGCCACGUCCAGCCCGACCCCCCCGUCCCCACCGUCCCCCCCCCCCGCCCAGCUGGAUAACGGGCAGGGCCCAAAGCGCGGGGGCCUGAAGGGGAUACUGAAGAGCCAGGACCCGAAGGCCCCGGCGGAGCGGCCCGCCAGACAGACUGCCAAGAGCACCACGUUCCUGCUGUUUGAGGACGCGGCCGCGGAGAGGACGGACAGCCCCGGGCCCGGUGGGGAACCGGCCCAGCCCCCGGGCUCUAGCAGAACCGCGGUUCCACAGGCGCGCCGGGACUCGGACUCUGAGAGUGGCCCGGCCCAGUUCUACGCCACGCAAGCUACUGCGUUCUGA